UGGCGGCCCCCGACCGGCCGCAAAAGUGUAGUGACUCUCGCUGGGGUAUCUGUACGACUUGUACGCGCUUCGUUGUGCCGGUGCUGGUGGACCUUUUUUUACAUUCGACAGUCGGAAGGAGGAGAGAAGAAGGCUCGACGCUGCCAUGUGUUCCUGGAUUGUGGCAUCGUGGUUGCUAGCGGUGUCGGCGACCCUGUGCGCCGCCCAGCAGCAAUACCUCCAGGGUCCACCGCCCCUCAACGGCGGCUACAAGGGAUACCAACCGUAUGGCUCGGGACUCGCCGCGGGCCCUCAGCAGGGUGGAGCCAGACCCCAGGGCUACCAGCUGCCACAGGGCUUCGUGCCGCAGCAGGUGAUCCCGCCCACGCAGCCGCGGCAGCCUUUCGUCUCGCAGGGAUUCCAGCCGCAGGGUUACCAACCGCAAGGACCGCCGCCCUCCGCGUCGGCUGGUGUUCUACGUUCCGAGAGCAGCACCUCAGCCGCAAUAUCAGCCGCAAUUCCGGCCGCCAGCGCAGCCGCAGCAUACCGGCCACCAGCGCAGCCGCAGCAAUACCAGCCGCCUUCACAGCAGCAGCCACAGCCGCAGGCGCAAGCUCUGCAGCAGCCCCAGCCUCAGUCCACAUCACAGUCGUCCGCGAGCUCCACUAAGGCCGAGGAGGCGAAGCUGCCCGUGUUCCAAGCUGCUCCCCUGCACUACGUCAGCAUUGGCGCCAAACUCGAGGGAGACUACAAGUUCGGUUACGACACAGGAAAGGGCUCCGACAAGACUGGCAGCUUCCGCGAGGAGACCAGGCUUCCCGACGGUACGGUGAAGGGCUCCUACGGCUUUAUCGACGCAUCCGGUCGCCAGAGGAUCAUCAAGUACACAGCGGGUAAGGACGGUUUCAAGGCCGAAGGCGACAUCUACCAGGAAGGGGCGCCCAAGGACACUAUCCCUCAACACCUACAGCAGACUGUGUCGGCCUCUUCAUCAGCACCGGCUCCAUCUGCCCCGGCUCCUGCUCCAGCACCUGCUCCGGCACCGGCCCCGGCCACUUCCCGUCCCGAAACCAAGUACAAGCCUCCAAGCUACACCGACGCGCCUCCAAGUCCCCCUGUCCAGUACCGGCCUCCGGCGUACCCUCAGUUCCAACCUACUGCUCCUCCUUCCCAGCCCUCGCUCGGUCCUUCUCAUGUGCCGGUGCUGCGCCUCGCUGCAAACUUGCCCGUCGACAACCUCGCCUUCCCAGACUACUUUAAGCACCACCUAACCGAGCAGAGGUCCGCAGCUGCUACAAGCCAGCCCGCGCCGACGGCUGUAUCACCUUUCCAGGGACCACCCCCGAGGGCCCCCCAGUCAGCGCCCAGACAACCCCCUACAUUUGGCUACGUGCCGUAUGCGCCUAACGCAGUUCAGGCAAGGGCAAGUCCCUACGGGCCGCAGUUGAACGCAAAGCCUCAAGCUUCGCCAGCGCCUUCCAGGCCUUUCGCAGGUCUCCAGCUUCCAGCUGCCACCUCUCAGCGAGCCAGCUACCCAACGUUUGCUCAGCAGCAGGGCUACCCCCUACCCCUUAUCAGACCCGGUACCUACCCACCUCCCGCGGCUUCUAGUGCUCCGGCGAAACAGUACGUUCCUGCCCAGUACCUGCAGCAACAACAGGCCCAGCCUAAAGUCAGCAUCGCCAACAUUUUCGCCCAGGAAGCCCAGAAAGCCGCCAACAAGCCUAACUUCGCAGACUUCCUCAAGCAGUUCAUUCCACGGCCUGCACAGCAGCAACAGUUUGCUCCAUCUGGUGGCGCUCCUGGAGCCGCAAGCACGCAACCGGGCUUCUCUCCGUACGGACCUCCUGCCAGCAGUACUCCAGCCCUACAGAGGCCGCCAGUCUACCUUCCCCAACAGCCAGCCCAGCUGAAGGCCCCGCCCAACUACGCUCUUCCGCAAGGCGGCGGCGGUCAAGUCCCGCUCUACAACUCCUUUAGGCCUCCCCUGCAGCAGGCUCCUUCUUUUGCUCCGAGAACGGCGCAGGCGGCACCUCAACUGCCCGCCUACCCGCUGCAGAGAGCCGGAUUCUACCCCCAGCAGCCACAGACGGGGUACACCGGGGCCCCUCAGGGAGCACCAACGGGAUUGAGCGGCUCCACGACGCAGUCACUGAAGAAGGAUGACGAAGACGACCAGGACGACGGCACAUACAAGCCGGAACUGUACGAUCAUGGCCUCUACGACCCCAAAAAGUACGAAGAACCAUACCUGAAGAAGAAGACCUCUUCCUCGUCAGCAUCUCCAGCCAACAGUGCACCAAGUCUGCCGCAGCAGUUCUACCAGCCCAGCGGUCAAGGCGCACCCGCGCAGGGGCAAGCUCCGCAGCAGUUUUACCAGCCCAGCGGUCAAGGCGCACCGGCGCAAGGGCAAGUUGAGGAAAAGGCGCUGCCUUUGUUUGACGCAUCACUCCUGUCGUACAACAUCGGCACGGGCUAGAGUCGUCGCCGGCUUCUCCCAUGAUGGGCGUCCCGAAAGGCUCCCACUCCCAUCCUGUGCUAUAGCUCUCAUCAUGCUCGGCAUUCAACUCCCAUCGCCGCUCGCACAACGGGGACUCGUCCUGUGCUCACGUUGUUAUGAAGUGCUUCGGCGCACGUGUAGCGAAGAGCAAUUCGAGCGCGCGUUUCGCACGCGCAGUUCCGUAAGGUUCACAAGCGUCGCGUCCACUGGUAGUCACAUCUCGUACAUUACACAGCAAGAAAGUUAAUUUCUCUUUAAAGCUCGACAGGUUUCUAUCGACUGCAACGCUUUCUAGUUUGAUUUGCCAAAGUUUAGUUUCUGUUCAGUAUCACUUCAGAUAACAAACAGCACCGACGUCAGAAUCACUGAAAACAAGGAAGCAACUGGCACACUUGAGUAAAGCGGACCAUAUAAAUGUUAACGAAGUAAACAAAUCUGAUUGGCCAAUAUGUAACUCUUACUGGCUCUAUGUCGUCGAAAAUGCGCCUUUAGUAUUUCUGAAAACAUUCCCUAGAGAAGUGCAAUGUGGGCAUUCUGAAGAAAUAACAGAAAACAUCAUGUUUUAAGGUGAAGUUCGAUAGGUACAUAAUGUUACCCUUCUGUCAUAAAUAUUUCGGGUAGGCAACUAUCAGGUAGAAGAAACCCGAACAGCGUCGAGUCUUAAUUUGUGAAAUAGCACUCCUGACGUCGUAAAGGAGACGAUAAGUUGUUUAGGCAUUAUAGCUACAGCUUCCUUCCUUACCUCAAUGUUUCUUCUCGGCAUGGUCACAGCGCUCAAAGAGAGUAUACUUAGAAAAUGACAUAUUUAUUCGAAUCAAUUAGGCUGCAUGCCAAAAAUAACUGCGAACUAAAAAACUUAGCCACGUAAUUAGUAUCAUCGAUCCCAAGCGAAGCUACCGUUUAUUUGCUUACAUACUAAUCAUGCUGUGCAAUCAACUAUUUACAUAUGCAGCUCUCGAAGAGACCACCCGACUUUUAACAGACACUGUUACACCGUACAUUUUUGUAUAUAGCAUUUCGUUAGUUCUUGUCGACUGAUUAUACACACCCCUUGUUGGUCACAUUAUGCGUAUUCAUACUCAUGCCUGCACUAACCUUCUUCUCACCAUGACAAGCUGACUAUGCUGCAUGUUGUUGAAUUUAGAGGCUAGACGUCAAAGCCUCCGCGCUCAGCUAAACUGCCAAACGGUCGGAGUUGUCGAGCUUAUCUGAACGCAGAGGCUGUGUCGCAUGCUGUUAUCUUCCUUUCUUUUCUUGUUUAGAUAGCGUAGAAUAAGCAACUUAUCACUUGAAUACUUCCUUGUCCUAACUAAUUUUUUUUCAAACUUUCUUAUAACAUUCCCACAUUGUCCAUGCCUUUCCCCUUACUAUUGGCACAAAAGCUGGCGUUCUGCGAACAAAGCGAGGUUUUGCGCUUAGUAAUGCGUUCAGGCCACUUCAUAAAUGAACCACACGCCAAGCAUCAUCCCGUAACGAAAAUUUUUAAGGCAGUGAAACCUCUUCCACGCUGACUUUGCAAUGUUCACAGACAGUGCACAACGAAGUAUUCACGCAUAUCUUGUUACGUUUUACACGCAUAUUUCAUGUGAAAUAAAGUGAGAGAGUGAAAGAGGACAAUGUCUUGAGUCUGCCUUACAUGUUGUCUUGUUUUCGUUUCAGUUACCGACAGUUUUAGGAGGGCAGAACACACAGGACCGGGACACCAUCCAUUUUCACUGACACAACAGGAGUGAGAGAGGGAGAGAGAGAGAGAGCGAGGAGAGUAGUCCUGGACACAAACGGCUACCCCGAUAAGCGCACCAUAUCGAACUCUCAAGACACGGAGGCGCUGAAGCGACAGCGAAACACAUUUCCACAGAAAACGCUUCUCUCAGAAACGGCCAGCGGAGCCACAGUCACCUUGGAUCGACGUCCCACACCGGACUUCACGUCAUGUUACUGACAUCACGCGCCCCAUGUACAUGUGGAUAUCGAAGGCCAUCUGAAGCAGCUAAGCAACAACUAACGCUUUAGCAGAACGGAUUAGCCGAAGUGUAAGGGCUUACCCUCACCGCUGACGUUCUGAUAAAGUUCGCACAUGCCAGUGAGGUCAAUCAACCCGUGAAUUUAUUCUUUUGCUAGAAUUGUUGUUUGCCUCACUGAAAACAAACAAACCGACAAAAAGAGAGAAAUAGAAAGUGGUGCAUUGUUUUCUAAAUAACUCUGCGAUGUUGAUACAGUACCAGUGUGGAAGGAAGUGCGAAUGAUACAAGCGUUCAGGCAAAAGAAUUUAUUUGCUUAACCGCACUAGAAUGCGUUACCCUUGCAGGGGAAGUCACUAAUAGGAUGGCCUUUGACAUCUACAUGAAUGUUAAUUACUUGAAUGUUAAUUCAUCUACAUGAACGUUAAUUACGCUAUAUGUCAUGUGCGCCCCGUGUCAAACAGCUGGGAUACGAAAGCAUGGGAAACUUGCAAAAUGAAGAGUCGAACGACAUAGAUAGGAACAUUACUCCCAACUUUCUUGCAAUUGCGUGCAUGAAACAGCUGCCAUUUUUGUUUCCGUUAGCAGAACUUGUCGUUUAAUCUGAAGAUCGCGCUUUGUUUUUUUCUUUUUUUCAUAAGUGUACCUGUGAUUGCAAACUUUUGUUUCGGCUUUUCAGAAUACUGCUUAUUGAAAUGCCUCGUUUAGAACAAACGCUUUAAAAAGUUAGAAAUCAGGACUGCUUACGUUGUGAGCGACUGGGCCUUUAGUUCACUAUACACGGCGGGACCAGUGAGAAAGCAUGCUGCACGUGCUUCCGAUGGUCAAUACUUUCGCAGACACGCGCGGCCUUAUCUUUCAAGGCUUCGCAGCUGCACAGAUGGGGAAAAAAAGAAGUACAUUUAUCAGACUGCUUCCCACACUGAUUCUUUCACAUCUUCUAUAAAGAUAGUUCGAGAUAGCCAGCGGUAGCCUAUGCACGGUAAUAGUGAGGCGACCUCGACAAGGCCUUCUAUGAAGGAACCUGGAACAUGCGUGAAAGUGGCAUGGCGGCAUCAAACGUACACGAGCUGCUGUGUUGAGGCUGCUGACGAAAAAAAAAGAUGCUAAAGAGGAAUCAAAUACAAAAAGGAAUCGGUUAUGCAGGAACGCGACGAUAAAGUAGUGCGAACCUACAACCUACGUCAAGGGGAAAGCAGGUAUCCCGUCAUUUCCUGCUCCUUCCGGCUACGAAGGUGUCUUUUGUUUCUUAAGUUGCACCCGUAAUUUAUACCCGCCCGGCACGUCGGCCCCUCGGGGCCAUACGAAGCGAAUACAAUCAACCAUGAAUCGCCGGGGACGCGUGACUUUGCAUUUCACGCGGAGCACUCGCACGCUCGGCUUGUUUCGGAAGCGUAUGUGUAAGUUACCUCCACCAACCGCGCAGCCCGGCCGCUAAAUGUACAGAGUGACGUUUUACGUGGCAUGCGGGGGAGACGCCCUGCCUACGCUUUCUCGCUUCGGAGGCCAGGUACCCUACGGGCGUCUUAAUUGGCAGCCACCGUCAUCACAGUUCAUAAUAGAUGCUCAAUUUCGCGCGGCCUCACAGCAAGAACAAAGUUAUCGCCGGACGUUGUAGCGUAACGCGAUUGAAAUGCAGAGGCGUUGCUACGCGCCGUGGUGCCUCGCGUAACGAGCGACUUUUCGGAUCGUUCGAACGGCGGCGCGCCGAUCGUUUCGGCCGAACGUGGGAACACCCUUGGGACAGGAAUAAUGCGCCGGCCGCGGCGAGUGCUCUAGAAAUGAAUGCAAGAAACUAAAGUGUGUGCUC